GCCUGGGCUCACUGUUGGUCAGACAGUGUGUGUGAGAGCAACUUAGAAGGGCUGAGGGUGUCUGUGUUUGGCUCAUCUUAAGCUAAGGAGAAUCUCUGUUCAUCAUGACUGCUGUUCAUCGCUUGGUUAUUGUCCGUCACGGUGAAAGUGGCUGGAACCAGGAAAACCGCUUCUGUGGCUGGUUCGAUGCUGACCUCAGUGAGAAGGGUUUGGAGGAAGCCAAGCGUGGAGCCCAUGCCAUCAAGGAUGCGGGUAUCAAGUUUGAUGUGUGCUACACCUCUGUGCUAAAACGUGCUAUCAAGACCCUGUGGACAAUCUUGGAGGGCACAGACCAGAUGUGGCUGCCUGUGCAUCGUACCUGGCGUCUGAAUGAGCGCCAUUAUGGAGGCCUCACAGGACUCAACAAGGCAGAGACAGCUAAGAAGCACGGUGAGGAGCAGGUGAAAAUCUGGCGUCGCUCCUUUGAUGUUCCACCACCACCUAUGGAAAAGGACCACUCUCACCACAAAGUCAUCAGUGAGUCUCGGCGCUACAAGGACCUGAAGGCCGGUGAGCUGCCCACUUGUGAGUCACUGAAGGACACUAUUGCCCGUGCCCUGCCUUUUUGGAAUGACGUCAUUGCUCCUCAAAUCAAGGCCGGGAAGAAUGUUAUCAUCGCUGCCCACGGCAACAGCCUUCGUGGCAUCGUCAAGCACUUAGAGGGUAUGUCUGAUGCAGCCAUCAUGGAUCUGAACCUUCCUACAGGAAUCCCCAUCGUAUAUGAGCUGGAUGCAAACCUUAAGCCCGUCAAACCCAUGGCUUUCCUCGGUGAUGCGGAAACUGUGAAAAAGGCCAUGGAGGCUGUGGCUGCCCAGGGCAAAGUCGCGAAGUAGGCGUGCUUGGGAUUUAUGGCGCAAAGAAAGACUUUUACCUAAAUGUCCUUCAGCCCAAUUUCAUCUGAUUUGUCCAUCCUCAUAGUCCAUUCCAUCUAGGGAAAAGUUUAAUGGUUCUUUUGGAUGAGGGCCAGUUUCAGUACAUUAGCCUUCACUUUGCCUAAAUGACAAACAGAAAGGUGACCUGUCAAUCCAAACAAAGAGCUGGCAAACACAUUUGACACAGCUUCACAUCACUCAGCCCUUUUAAAUUGCCGUCAAGUCCUAUUUUGUGUGGUUCAGCACUCUGGCAAAACCAAUAAAGAAGCAGCGUUUUUACGUAGA